CUUGAUUUUGUACCCCUUUUUUCUUGAUUCUGCUUUUUUUUUUCAGAUGUCUGAUCCAACAAUUUCAGACAAACAAGCGAAUCUGGGAGCUGCUUGCUUUCGUUGUCGAGGAUUCAGACAUGCUUGCGACAGAAGAAAGCCGUCGUGCUCACGUUGUCAUCGUAGAGGGAUUGACUGUGUCUACCCGGAAGCAGCACCUACACUAAAAAAAUUGCAGCAGGCUACAGAGACAUUAGACGUUAGAAUCAAGGAAUUUGGUGACCGUUUAAAGACUGGAGAGGUGGCACCUUACGAAUCGAAAAAUGAAGUUAGCUCACCCUUUGCUGAAAGUGUGAUCUCCACUUACUCCGAGGAUACUUAUACUGACGAUAUGAUGAUGGACGAAGAACCAACAGGAAGAGUGAGAAGAAGGAAAGUUGCUUCAACAAAUAGCUUCUCGGUUUAUCCCUGUACCAAAUGUUUUAAGGAUUUACAACAAUGUGAUUUGACACUACCGCGGUGUAGUCGCUGCGAGGAAAAUAAUUUUGAAUGCGAGUUUAAAAAAACAGAGCCUAAAGCAAAUCACGUCUCUCAAGUUUUGACAACAAUGAAUACAGUAAUGGAUCAGUGGCAAGAUUCGAUUGAUCGAAUGUCUAAGGAAUCUUCUCAGCGGACAAGGGAAUUAUCUGCUAAAGCAAACUACUCACUCAAAGUUAAGCCGUAUCAGACGAAGUGGAACUUGACAACUGGAAAGAAAAAGUUAUCUUUGGAAACCAAUGUUAAUUCGUGUAGUGAUUUUUCAAAACUUAUGGACCAGCUCAAACAGACAAUAAACCCCCAAAACAAUGAUCAGCAUAGUGCAUCUACAGACUUAGCCAAUGUGCCUAUUAUGGAAUUUGAUAGCACUAGCUUACUCCAUUCAACGUCUGGAUUUGAUAUUUGGGAUGCAUGGUCAAGUUCAGUUCGUGCUAUGCCUCAAGAUUAUCCUAUUGAUAUUUCACAAGAAUUGACAGAUAAUUUAAUUGAGCUAUAUUGUCGUACACCAUGUUGUUCAUCCACCAGAAUACCUAUUAUCGACACAUCAGAUUUUUUGCUCCGUUACCGUAGUCCGGAUCCAAAAAAGCGCCCUGAAAAAGUCUUAAUCUAUGCGGUCUGUGCGAUGGCGGCAAGAAACGCAUUCCAAAUGCAUGUUUGGAGUAAGCGUCCAUCAUCUCAGGCACCUCAAUAUAACAUGGGAAAGGCCUUGUCGGUUGCUUAUUCUCUCCGAGGUCGUGAAGAGCUAUCAGAUUGUUUUGAUGAACCAACAUUUGAGCGUUGCCAAGGUGCGUUUUUAUUGUCUUACUGUAAUUAUCAAAACGGAUACACUAGUGUCAUUUAUUACUAUGAAUGGUUCGCUUAUACAAUGGCGGUGCAAAUUGGUCUUUACGAUGCUAAACGAGAAUUAACCCAAUACGAAUCGAUGCUCGUUUGGUGUAUAUAUUACUUUAAUACGUGGUAUAAAGCAAUACAAGGUAGUACCGGUGGAGAUCAAAAAGGGUUAAGUCAGUGCAAACCGAAUUGUGCUAUUCCAAAUUUGAUACGUCGUCCUGAUCCAACUUUAAGUUCUGAACUCGGUGAGGAACAUAAAGAACAAGUUAUACAUUACUAUGUUUGGAAUUCUUGGGUUUAUCUUAUAAACUUACAAGUUCUUCGUGAUCAAUCUUUGGCUAGACUCAUUUCUUAUCAAUUCAACGGACGCCCAGAUACCAGUUUACCUCAGGAUUUAUUAGUCAUGCAGGAAACUUUAAAGGAGUUUCAUCAAAGUCUCCCUAUUGAAUGGCAAUCACCGCAUUUAGAAAAUACGAAUAACAAACAGUCGUGCUGUGAUCCACCAACAUUAUCGCAAUCAACAACUGGACAUUUGAGUGAAGACUUCCAAAUCGAUGUUGAAUCAUUCGCAAGUUAUUCCAUCAAUAUCGUUCACGCAUACUACAGCAUAAAUCAAAUUAUUUUAUAUCAAGCAUUUGUUCCAAUGGAUCGUAUACCAGGUACAGCAAUCUCAAUUCGUUGCCUAGACACUAGUCUAAAUGCGGCAAAGAGUAUUAGUCAAAUAUUCGAGCGCAUGGUUCAACAAAAACAAGAGUGUCAUGUUCCACUGAUGGGAUUUUUGUUUGCGAACAUCAUUUAUCGUAAACUACUGAGCUACCCAAAUGACCGUUACUAUGAGCUUGGGAAAUUCGGAUUAUUACAGUCAUUAGAAAUCUCAAAAUCUUCAGUCAAUUACACAUACGAUUGUGAGAUGGCUCGUACUUUAGUCGACGUUAUGGAACAAGAUAUACAAUUCUCUAUAUUACAAAGAUCACCGAAUAACUCAUUUAUGUCUAUGGACUGCUCGGGCGAUAGUUGUACUUCUCCGCCCAUCUCUUCCCCUCCUAAUUAUACGCCACUCGGUCAAACAAUGAAAGAAUGGUAAAUCACCUUUUAGAAACACAUUGUAAUUAUAUAACCUUUACCCUUCAUCCACCCUUACUUACUAAUUGAUUCAUUACCGCAUAAUAUCACACAUUUACAUACUCCCUUUUAAUGUAAUUCUAUUAUUUGCCUUAUAUACAUUUAAUACACCUAAUUCAUCUUAAUACCAUUAAAAUUCAC